AUGGACCGCUACCUUCUCUUCAUGAGCUGGCGAGGCGAGGGCGGGCCCGAAGGCCUCUCAGGUUUGACAGCUGCCAGUAUAUAUAACUUACUGGAAACAAACUGUGAUGUCUCUGCGAACACAAAAAUGGAAGAAUUCCCUGCAUGUUCACUUGCAGGGAUUCCAGAUGAGAGAGAAUGGUAUUUUGCAAUUCAGUCAAUAUGUGGCUUUUAUCAGUUCUGUAGUUCUGACUGGGAAUACAUCAGCUCUGACCUACUGACAGAUCAAAGCAGCGAGUCUGUUCGAAGACAUAUUGAAGAAUGCCUUGGUGGUGAUCAAAAUAUUGAGGAGGAAGAUAGUAAUAGCAGGGAACCCCUGUCAAUCAUCGAUCUCUAUGAAGAAUCUGCUGAGAGUAUACAUCAGUUAGCAGACAAGCUUCCUGCUCCUGGAAGAGCGAUGGUUGAUGUAAUACUGCAGUCUCCAGAAAGAGAUGCCCCUAGGUUAAAAGACUGUUUACCAGUUAUUGGUGCCUUGAAACAUCUGAGGGAAUGGCAUGCAGCAAAAAUCACUAUUGUGGUAAAGGAAAGUAAAACUUGGCAAAAAAUUGCUAAUUAUCUGUCUGCACAUAUUGUGGCUCCUGGAAACCUAAAAAAUAGCAUUGAUUCAAGAGAACUGUGGAGAGGAAAGAUUGAGAUAUGGGAGCAAAAGUUUGACUCUGAAAUUACCUUUCCAGAGUUCUGUAUAAAAAGUGUUACAGCAAGAAGGCCAUUCAGUCCCUUGUAUUUUGACAAAACUGAACAGUUGAAGAAUACAAAACCUAACUUGCCAAAGGUUUUCCAUUAUUAUAGUCCUGCCCUGAAAUUUGUCCAGAUGAUGUGGCUGCCUGAUCUGCCUUCGUCUUUCGUGUCAGGCCUUCAGUUUCAUCUGAGCUUGACAAAAAGCAAUGUAAAAGAGAAGUCGAUGCUCUUCUGGGACCAGAUGUCCUCUCUGCAUGGAAAGAUUGGAGCUUUGUUUGUAUUGCCAUGUAGUGUAAGUGGCAUGUUGAUACCUUUGCCUAUCCAACUAAGUACCAAAAAAUGGAAGGAAUAUAUUGUCCAGAAACCUAAACUCAUCAGUGUUCCAGAAGUUGAACUGAAAGGAGAGACCUGUAACUAUUAUUUCUUAGUGCAAGGCAAUGGCUCUGGAGGCUGUAAAGCAACACUGAUCUACUCAGCCAGUCAGAUAAACGGUUCAGUCAGUCUUGCUGAAACAAUUGGAAAACUGACAGUGAAGACUCAGGAAACUGAAGAGCGUGUGGCUGAUGAAAUCAUCAGAUCCCUUCCACAUGUCUAUGGAGAACAAAUCUUACAGAGAGAGAAGAAACUGGCUUGUAUCCAGGCAUUAGCUUUGAAUCACUGCCUGAAGAAACAGGAAACAGCCAAACCAUCAGCUGAAGAACUGAAAACCAUAUUAACGCAUACUAGGGAAUAUUUUUUAGAGUUGUGGAGUGCUGCCCUUCCCCAAAGGGAUUGUCCAAUAGCAGCUGUCAAAACCAAAGGCUACAGGGCAAUUUGUGAAUUGGAGCUAAAAUGUUCAAAUCCUUUGGAGUGGCCAGAAAGAAAUAUCCUCCAGAACUUAGAAAGUUUUGAAAAAAAUAAACAAAAAACAAGAGUUUCAGAACAUCUGUUGGGGCUUAAAGAUGGCCAAAAAGAGCCAACGACAUUGUUUGAUGCUAAAGAGCUGUUGAAAUUUUUCACUCCCGAAGGACUGCCUGUUGGGAAUCUUCAGCCUCUGCAAGUUCAGAAAAGGGAAAAUGCUUUUCUUCUGACACCAGAGCUUACACCUCGAAAAGUGAGAAGUUUGCCUUUUGAAAAAGCAGCUGGGUGCCAUUAUCAUGGGCUUGAAUACUGCCUAGACAACAGAAGAGCUUUGGAAAGAGACGUAGGAUUUGCUGAACUUCAGACUCGUCUUAUCCGUUACGAAACUCAGACAACGUGCACAAAGGAGACCUGCCCUGCACCCUGUGUACUGAGCCCUCUGCCGUCCCCUGCAGUUUUGUCAGAGCCUGGAAGCAUCCCGGAUGGGGAGUCUUUACGAAAGGAGCACCAGACAGAAGUGUCCAAACUAAAACGCAGAUCAAAAGACCAGGAUGGCUUCUAUCCUAACAAAAGGUUAAUGAAAUCUGAAAGUACAGAUUCUCUCUUGUCCCAAGCAGGAAGCAGCAGUGGUUGUCGAUCAGGGGCUGUUGGAAGGCGGCACCUGGACAAAUCUGUCUCUCUGUCUUCUGAGGCUGCCAAACAGUCUUGUAGUCCAGUGCACAAAGUAACCACAAAGAGCAGCUCAGCAAGCCGGAAGUGUACUAAGGAGCCAGAACUAUCAAAGCCUACAAAGGAAUCAAGGUCGCAGAAGCAUACGCGGAUGCUUAAGGAGGUGGUGGCUAAAACCCUUCAGACACACGGCAUUGCUGAAGACCACAAGUGCUUUAUUACCUGCAGCCAACGUCUCUUUGAGAUAUCCAAGUUCUAUUUAAAGGAUCUGAAAACAUCUCGGGGUCUCUUGGGUGAAAUGACUAAAGCUGCAAACAGCAAUGUUAAACAGGUGAUUGAAUGGGUUUUAGAAAAGUCCACCAAGAAGUGACAUGUGCCAGAGAUGUUCUGUGGACAACAGCUUUUUGAGCAGAGUGGACCCAUCACAAGGAACAUCUUGUUAUAGUCUGUGUGCUUAAAACCAAUGGCAUGGUCAGCAUUUUGUAUGCAAAAGCCUAUCACAUAAAGAAUUACCUUGAAGUGAGCUACUUCAUAUUUGUUAUGUAAUGGAGCAUUUUGACUUUUUAUGUAGUGUUUGUACAGGUUUUUAUUUAGUGUAGUAAAAGCCAGGUAUCUUACACUUAACAGCUUUCUUUUUUUUUCUCCCAUCGGCAUAGACGUGCUUAACUCUUUUGUUGUUAACAAACCAACCAUAAAAAAGAUUUAUUAGCUAACAAAAUCUUUCUGCAUUCUGUU